CCUUUCCAGCCCGGCUCAGCUGGCUUUAGGAGCUCAAACACUGCUGUUGGUUGCUGCUGAAGCUCCUUCCCUUGCAGCAGUGGUGGCAGUUCCACUUCAGCCAUUCAGUCAGCCUAUGUGUAUCAUGGCCAGCUGUUUGGCUUUCAAAAUCUCACCAGAUCGCUUGUUCCCCUUCUUUUGUGAUUUGCUUCCCAGCUUAUCUCCUCAGCAGACAGUGUGCAAACAAGUGAGAGCUGCCCAGAAUAUCUGAUGGAAGAAACGCAGGGGUGCUGGAGUGCGGUGCAUCCUCAACCAAAGGCAACGGCAGACACUUCUUUUCUUACAGGAGAACAGAACACUUCUGCAGGUUCAGCCCUUUCAGACCACUGCUCGUAGCACACAGCUCAUCUCAGUGUGCCCCCUCCCCUCCUCGCUGAGCACCAAUCUGCAAGGGGUAGCACAUUCUAGCAGCUCUACCCAUGCUGUUUAUUGCAGUUUGAGGGAUGCUAACCAGAAUUUGCAAUGUGUUUACUGCUGAAUAGAGUUCCCCAGCUUUAGUGGCAGGAUCUGGAGUUCUUUGUGAAUUAUAUUUAGCGCUGUUGGAGCCUGCCUCGUCAGCUGUGUGUUGUUGCCUUGUGAAAACUGGCAGCAUUCAGAUCUAAAUAAAUGCUAAACAGUCUCGUGCUAUGAGGCAUGAUGAGAAUUACACAAAAAAUUUGAUUCUAACUUAGGUGAUGAAUUUUGUUAUCUCGGUGACUGUGAUCCCCUUCAUCUCCAUAGUCAGCAGAGGAAGGAGCUGGCAUUAAACAUAGGGCACACAGAGGAACAGCAUGAAGCAUUGUCCCAGUGGGGCAUGGGGGUGGCUGGGUGCACGUGCCUGAUCUGGAAGGAGGCCAGAGCACAGGCUCUGUGUGGUCAGAGCAGCGCUGGGAUCUGUGGAGUGUUCUGGGCUGCAAACAAGCCCAGCAGUGGCGUGCUUUGCAUAUUUGAUUGCUCUGCUGGCUGAUACCAAACGUGCCAUCAGAGUUCACAAAUGUUUCUCACUGCUGUUGGCCUCUCCGUUUUCACCCUUAGAGGACAUUUUGAGUUCUCACUAAAAAAGGAAGCGUCCAUUUGGGCUCUAAAUUACGCCCGUGCAAUUCUCCCAUCUAUUUAUUUUAGGCCACGUUGCAAGUUUAGCAAAGACAAUCGUUUUCAUCUGGCAUUUGAUGUGGCUGCUUUCAAACAGAGUGCCAGCGCUGUUAGGAACGGGCCGGCUGUGCUGCUGCAGGUCCGUAUCGGUCAGUGAGCUUUAAAAGGUAAAACUCCUUUAAAAGGCUGACAGCGGUGUUCAUACGGGCUGUUUGUUCACUGUGAUGUAAGGUGGGUCUUUCAGACGGGUAGGACUGUGUGAUGUGGGGAUCUCGGCUCUGGCCGUGCUUGUGAUUUUUGGGUGGCUGAGCAAUAAGUCAUUUGGCAUGACCCUGCAGUGGUGGAUGGGCAGGGAAGCCUGCAGGGCAAGCACUGGGCUGUACGGGGAGCAGAACUCUUGGUGGCAGAGAAGGAGGAUUUGCCACCAGCCGUUCUGCAGUGGGGUAAGGAGGAAGCUGGAGAGCUGUGAAGGGGCUCGUCUCAUUUGUUGGAUGCGCAGCACUCUGGGUCACGUGCAGGCUGUGACAUUGCCAGUUGCUGUGGAGAUGUCACAGCUCCCAGCCUGCUGCUGUUCUGGGGGAUGCUGAGCUCAGAGUUCAUGGAUAUGGUGCAGGAGAGGAUGGGGAAAAGAAAGGGUGACAAUCCAGGCAAGGCACAUGCUGGUGCAAACGCGUGCACAAGGCUUUUUGUGCAGCCCUUCCAUGCCACCGCUCAUGCCUGUCCGAGCUAGCUGUUGCAAGGGAGCUAGCAAUGGGGAGGGUGCUGGCACAAUGUGCAGGACAGAUGUGCUGCUUCCUGCUCUGCAGCAGGCUCCUGGGGCCCUCCUCACAUGCAGGCUUCUGUGUGAAGCUCUUGCCGGCCCCAGAGAGCUCAGGGCAGGCAGGGAGCAUGUUCUUGUGGCAUGCCUGGUGCAGCCAAUUCCCAGUGCACAUGUUGUGUGCAGCUGCUGGGGCAGGAGGGCAGCAAGAAGGCAGGCAACGGGAGGAGGGCAUGCAGAGGAGGGGAGAGCUGCUGGGUCUAUUGCAGCUGCAUGUCUCCUUUUAUCCCUUUCCCACCUGUUGGCGUUUUGCAUUCCUCCCCCCAGAGUCAAUUUUGGUCCUUGUCUGGGUAUAGUGUUCUGUUCUGGUUGUAAUGUGCAUGGUGGAGAGUUGCCUCCUUCCUGGCUGCCUCACAGUGCGUUGUGCCUUGUAACAGAAAUGCUAAGUCACAGCUUGAAGCAGUGAUUGAGCACCUGGUGGGAAGGCAGGGCCAACCCAGGGGAGCUCAGCUGUAUGCAAUGCAUCUGAGCGAUGGAGGGGGUGGAGCCAGGAUGCACCCCUUCCCAGACCUCAUUUAAGGGCUGGCAGUGAAGGUGAGGGCAUCUUGCUGGAGAUCCCUGUGUGCCUGAGGCCUUCCAAAGGUAAGCAGUCUAGGAUUUUGCUACUAUGCUGGCACUGCUGAGCUUUCCAUUGCGUUACAGUGUUACAUGCCUUCAUUUUGUUGCUGAUUAGCUGGGAACUGAAGCCCUAGCUACAGAAAAUGUGUGACCAGCCCAUAUCCCGAAGGCCCUCCCUUAAGUGUGCAGCUUUGACUGCUCUCAUCAUGUGCUCAAUGGGAAUCUGAUAGCGGUACCUUAGGUUGUACAUAGCAUUAGUACAGCAAAUAUGAGAUGUUUGUGUCAUCUGUGUUGUAGGAAAUGUAGUCCUGUCGGUCUGUCAAAGGAGCCUUGAUCAUCAGUCAUCUUUUCGCUAUUUGCUUGCUUCAGUUUUUAAAGUUAAAUGACACCAUCCUAUUCCCUCAGAACUUUUUGAACGCUGAUUAAACUCAAUCCACUGGCACCACGGGAUCCUUCAUUCACAGUUAUUGUGCUGUCAGGAUGCCGUUGGUGCAGUCCUGGUGCUCUGGGUGCUGGAUUUGAAGGAGGCAAGUCAAGAGAGGCGCAUGGAGCUAGCUGUGUGCCUGGAUUUGAAGGCAGUGUGGUGUGAACACACAGGCAGGUGAGAUGGACUCCCUUGUGCACCACUGCUUGUCUGAGGAGCAGACCUAAUCCCUUCUUCGUGAUUUUUCCUUUAAGUCAUCCUGUGGAGGGAUCUGAAACCAUCAAAACAAAGCAUGAGGAGACCAGUGUGGAUUGUGGCUGAGGUCACCAGAUCCAUGAAGAGCUUUGGAAAGGGAGAGAUUGCAUCAGUUUCUCAGUGGCAGUGUUCUGAGUGUGCAGGUGGAUGUGCUUGGUGACAAACAGGCUGGCGUCCUGCCCGUGUGGCUGGGAAUCACUGAUUGUCAGAACACAGAAUGAUGUACAUUGUGAAGCUUUGACACCCUCACACCUUUUGCCUGCUCAGCUUGGAGCAGGUAUGCUUGUAGAAUAUGUGCAGUGAGUAGGACAUUGUUCCAGUAGUAACAGGGCAGCAUCUGGCUGUUUGUGUGUGUCCUUGUGAGCUCCUGGGGACAGCCUGUUGCAUAAAAUAAGCUGCCAUCCUCUUACCUGUUGGAACAAGAUCUGCUUGUUGCAGCACUCCUGUGGAUCUUUGUCUGUAGCAUUUUAAGAGCUUAAUUCUCUGUGUUAAUGCUGGGAAGUAGAUUUCAAGAUCCUUAAGAACAAUGAAAAUACCGGCCCUGCAAUUGUUUCCUGGCUUAUAGCUUACCUGAACGCUCCUGUAGCCAAAACAGCUGACUAAAGAUUCCAUUUAGCUUAGCGGUAAGUGUGAUGGAAGGAGAAGCAGGCUGAGACUGGUGCAGGGCCGUGACGCAUCUCUGCUAGCUGCCCGAGUUGUGUUUCUGGCAUGAAAGGAGUUGGGCACUUAAUCUCUGUCUCAUUUAAUUUGCCCCUGGUUGGAAGCAGCCUGAGAGUGGAUCAAGGUGGAAACGUUUGAUGGAAUUGGCUCCUAAGCUUUGUAGAGUGAAGAACCAUUCUUCCUGUGUUUUUCACCAUUGAUACCCCCCAGUGGCCCUACUCUGACACAUCUGUGACAUAGAGAACAGCUUUUCAGCCUGAAAUGAUUCUCCUAGGCCAGUGUGGCGCAUGUAAGCACAGUAACUGGACAGCAUAGUGCUCCUUCACCAAGGCACAUGCAAAACAGGUGUCCAAAACCAUGCAUGCAGUUGGUUGGUUGUGCUCUGCUCACCUUCACCUCUUGCUUAGACAGCUGCCUUGGAAAAAUGCUGUGCAGGGCUCCUCUCUCCAGCCUGCCCUGCACAGCCACCCUGCAGCUGUGUGCCGAAUGGCUCUGUGUGUCUGGGAGGUGUGUGUGGGGGCAGUGUCUCCCUCCACCUCUCCUCCAAGUGGCUCACGAUUUAAUUUGGGACUGUCUUGAGUGUGAAGUGUCAGCUUAAGUGUGGCACACUCAAUGUUGAGGGGUAGGAGACUGCUAACACUGAAGUAGCUUUGGGUGCAGUGUGACUGCUCGGUGCCCAGAUUCCUUGCUUGCAUCUCUCAGCUCACUGAUGUUUACAGAACUCAGAGGAAAGUGCUCCUGGAAUGAAAUGCUGCCUCUAGGAACAGUAUCUUACAGAUUGCAGCCUGUGCAAGGACAUCUGCUUCGUGAGCUGAAGCCUUCCUGCUCCUGUCUUGCACUCAGAGCCCCCGUAGCUGUGGAUGCUUCUGUUAUUAUUCUUGACUUCCAUUGGGCUUAAUUAAAACACAAGUCUUUAAUUUUUAAUUUUUCCUUCCUGUUGGUUUGGCUGUCUCUGUGUGAACAUGGUCUCAGUGCAAUUAUUGUGCUCCCUGUGGAGGGACGGGCGUUUAAUUCAGCGAGUCUUUCUUGGAGGGGAUUUAUUUUCCUGAUCUUUCUACUCCGAGGGUACAAAAGCAAAGCAUCCAAUGAGUAAAGAAUCCGGCACCUCGUGUGGCUGCUCUGAGCCUGUUUGGGCUAGGGUUGCUGUUACUGACACGUGCUCUGUGCCCACAGCUGCUGCCCAGGUUGUGCAGCUUGACACUGAAGAAACUGGUAGUCUUAAAGGAAUUGGAUAAGGAGCUUAUUUCUGUGGUCAUUGCUGUCAAAAUGCAGGGCUCCAAGCGCAUCCUGAGGUCCCACGAGAUCGUGUUGCCCCCGAGUGGACACGUGGAGACGGAGCUCGCACUGACCUUCUCACUGCAGUACCCUCACUUCUUGAAGAGAGAAGGCAACAAGCUUCAGAUCAUGCUGCAGCGGCGGAAGCGGUACAAGAACCGAACCAUUCUAGGCUACAAGACUCUGGCCGUGGGGUCUAUCAACAUGGCUGAGGUCAUGCAGCACCCCACAGAAGGUGGCCAGGUACUGAGCCUUUUCAGCAACAUCAAAGAAGCUGCAGUAAAGGUAGCAGAAAUCUGGAUCUUCUCCUUGUCAAGUCAACCAAUUGACCACGAAGACAGCACUAUGCAGGCCAGCCAGAAAAUCAAGUCUACAGACAACUAUUCCGAGGAGGAGUACGAGAGCUUCUCUUCUGAGCAGGAGGCCAGUGAUGAUGCCGUGCAGGGCCAGGAUUUGGAUGAUGAUGAGUACGAGCUGGGGAAGCCCAAGAAGCAGCGGAGAUCGAUAGUAAGAACGACGUCCAUAACCAGGCAACAAAACUUCAAGCAGAAGGUUGUGGCUUUGCUGAAGAGAUUUAAAGUGUCUGAUGAGGUUCUGGAUUCAGAGCAGGACCCUGCAGAGCACGUUCCAGAGGUGGAGGAAGACUUGGACCUUCUGUACGACACAUUGGAUAUAGAGAACCCCAGUGACAGUGGGCCAGAAAUGGAAGAUGAUGACAGUGUUUUGAGCACACCAAAGCCAAAGUUAAAACCUUAUUUUGAAGGACUGUCACACUCCAGCUCUCAGACAGAAAUUGGUAGCAUCCACAGCAUCAGGAGCCAGAGAGAGCCAUCAAGUCCUCAGGUAGAAGUGCCUGAAAAGACAAAGAGUCUUGGAACCAAACACACAGACGACAGUAUUUCUGACACUGUCUCUUUUGAGUCUAACCAGCAAGCUGAGGUCCAAGAAGCAGAACUUCCCGCACCAGAUGUGUUUGUUGAGAAGCUCCCACCCAGCGGGAAGAUCACCAAGACGGAGUCCCUCAUUAUCCCAUCCACCAGCAGGUCUGAGGGGAAGCAAACUGGACGUCGGGGAAGAAGCACAUCUUUGAAGGAGAGGCAGCCAGUGAGGCCGCAGAAUGAGAGAGCGAACAGCCUGGACAAUGAACGAUCUCCAGACACCCGGCACCACUUACAGAUCCCCAGGAAAACUGUGUACGACCAACUAAAUCACAUCCUGGUUUCUGAUGACCAGCUGCCAGAAAACAUUAUUCUUGUCAAUACUUCAGAUUGGCAAGGACAGUACCUGUCAGAUGUCUUACAAAAGCAUACCUUGCCAGUGGUCUGUACAUGUUCCUCAGCUGAUAUUCAAGCAGCUUUCAGCACUAUUGUCUCCAGGAUACAGCGAUACUGUAACUGCAAUUCUCAGCCUCCAAGCCCAAUUAAAAUUGCAGUGGCCGGAGCCCAGAAUUACCUCAGUGCUGUAUUGAGGCUCUUUGUAGAGCAGCUGUCUCACAAAACCCCAGACUGGCUUGGCUACAUGCGAUUUUUGAUCAUCCCUCUAGGCUCUCAUCCAGUGGCCAAGUAUCUGGGGUCUGUAGAUUAUAGAUACAACAACUUCUUCCAAGAUGUAGCCUGGAGAGAUCUGUUCAACAAACUUGAAGCACAGACCACUGUUACAGAAACGCUUGAUGUUGUCUCCAGGAUAACACAGUACAUAGCAGGGGCAAACUGUGCACACCAGUUGCCCAUUGCCGAAGCAAUGCUGACAUACAAGCAGAAAAGGAAAAAGAGCUUUCAUUUUGAUUUUACUCUAAGCCCCGAUGAGGAAUCUUCGCAGAAGUUCAUUCCCUUCGUUGGGGUGGUGAAGGUUGGAAUAGUGGAACAAUCUUCUGCGACGUCAGGUGACUCUGACGACGCAGCUCCCUCAAGCUCCAGUGUCCUUUCUUCCACCCCACCUUCUGUAUCUCCUGCUGUGAAAGAAGCCUCCCCCACACCACCUUCCUCACCGUCUGUUACAGGCAGCUUCUCAUCCUCAAGCCAGGGCCUUGGUGCUGAGCUGAUGGGCCUGCAGGUGGAUUACUGGAUUGCAGCUCCACCCGUGGACAGAAAGAGAGACCCGGAGAAGAAGGACCCUUCCACUACCAAAAACACACUGAAAUGCACUUUCCGGUCCCUCCAGGUCAGCAGGCUACCUGCCAGCGGGGAGAUCGCCACCACUCCUACCAUGUCCAUGACCGUCGUGACAAAAGAGAAGAACAAGAAAGUGAUGUUUUUACCCAAGAAAACAAAAGACAAGGAGGUUGAGUCGAAGAGCCAGUGCAUUGAAGGAAUCAGCAGGUUGAUUUGCACAGCGAAGCAUCAGCAGAACAUGCUGCGGGUCCUGAUCGACGGGGUGGAGUGGAACGACGUCAAGUUCUUUCAGCUGGCAGCACAGUGGUCCUCUCAUGUCAAGCACUUUCCCAUCUGCAUAUUUGGACACUCCAAAUCUAACUUCUAGCCACGCUCGGAGGGACCUCUGUCCGUCCCAGGGACUGCACACCAGGAGCCAGGAACUGCGUGCCAACUCCGACUCGCAUCACUCUGCCCUCUCCUGCAGAAUUAAUUACAGAUGUGCUUGGAUUACUUUUGAAUUACUUUUUUUCUAUUAACUCUUAAGUUUACUACAAGGGAAGGAAACCCCUUUAAACAAAGGCAAAAAAAAAAAAAAACCAACAACAGUCUUAAAUAUAGAUGUGCUGUCAACAAAGCUGUGGGGAAGUUGGCAGGAGCAGGCAACCUGCCCAAACACCUCCCACUUCGGAGCAGAUAGCUGAAUAACUGCACUGCUUAUUAACCUGAGACCUCAUUGGUGUGCGUGGGCCGGGGGGGCCGUGGAUUUUUGCAGAAGAUCCUGCAUGUUACGAUGCGUUUCGACCCCUCCCUCCGUAUUUCUAGGAAAACUGAUGGCCAGUCUUUCUUCCUGCUGCCAAAGGAUGAGAGAUCAGCGAGUCUGCAGGGCGUCCAGCUGUCCGGUUUGAAAACCAAACCGCUGGUUUGCAGUUAGAGAGGUGCAGAGAGGAGCUUGGCCUGCACUGAGUGGGGUCCGCCCUGGGGCUGGGCGGGUGGCUGCGCUCAGUGCUGCCUCAGGAAGGCUGGGCAGGAGCAGGAACUGGGGAGACACGAGGUGUAAGGAACCUCUGCUGUCCCUGGUCUGUGCCGAUGACCAAACCGAGCCAGUCACCGUGUCCCUGCAGUGCUGCUGAGGGACACCACGUCAGUGGGGUCGCUGCUAUUUACAUACUCACACCGAUUAUUUACCUGUCAAUAAAACCUCGUCCAGCCUCCAAGGGGAAAGGAUUUUUUUUUUUAAUAGCCGCAAGUUUUUUUUUUUAAUGCUUUCUUAAAAAAUAAAAAAAGACAAACAAAUAAAAGAGGAAAAAAAAAACCAACAAGUUGCCAAAAAAAAGAAUAUAUAUAAAACCACCAAACCCAGGAAGAUGAGCCGUUGCCUGUGAAGUGAUCCAUCGGCGUAGCGGCUGGAGCCGCAGCCAGGGGCUCUGCAAGUCCAGCUGCCUGCCCAUCCAUCUGUCACACUGCACCCCGGAGAUAGCGUGGGCUGCUUCAUCUGCUCUGCCUUUGUCCUGCCCGGACUGUGCUGCCGUCGUGCCCAGCUGAGCCACCCAGCACUUCUCAUAGGGACUGUGAGGCUGUAACAGAGCUGCUGACCACCUGCAGGCUGUAGGAAGUUGUCCUCGCUGUCUGCUUUGGGAUCAUUCCCUGCUCAGGCAUUCAUUUCUCUAUGGGAUGCACGCUGUCCCCAGCAGGGCGUUGCAGGCUGAGCUUCGCUGUGUGGUGUGGUCCUGUGCUGCAGUGGAGGCUACAGAUGGAAGAGGGCAGCGUGUGAAGCUGGGUGGGUUCUUCAUCUCUGUUGAGCAGCAGGGCGCCCUGCGCCAGGGCUCUGUUUGGCCUGGCUUUUGCUUGUUGGCACAUCUCGCUGCUGCCAGGAUGAGGGGAUGCUCUCACACGGAGGCAGUGUGGAGUAGGUUGAGGCUUGGGGAAUAGGGCGUGCCUGCCGUGUGGAAGAGCACGCAUCUCUGGCCUUCAGGGUAAGGGACCGAAGCUUUGGGGAGUCCACUUGGCUCCCACCCCUGUGGGCAGGCUCUGCAAGCGUUUUCAGAAUGUGCUGUUGGAGGACAGGGGUGCUUUUGAACCUUUCCCAGCUUUGGCAGCUCAGAAAGGUUUGGAGAAGCCACGUGGUCCUUCUGGGACAGGUCCUGCUCUGCCCUGCUGCUGGGCUGAUGGGAAGCAAGGUGAGAAAGCGCUCCCUGCUGCAGCUCAGGGCUGGGCUGCUCUGCUGGCUUUGAUUUAACGAAAUCCUCCCAGUGAGCAGAGGGGAGGAGGAGGCCGUGCAGGCUGUGUGUGUGCUCCCACUGCCCCUUCCCACAGCGCUGCCUCCCAGCUGCCAGCACACAGCUGGGGCAGGGCUCAGCUCGGGCUCACAUCGCUGUGUCCAUCUACUCCUGUGGUUUUGGUUGACCUGAGCCGAUGCUGUAGGACUGCGUAGCGUUGCCUAGCAGCAGCAGCAGCGUGGGAGAUGGUGUAUAAGCACAUCCCUUUUUUUUUCUUCUUUCUUUCUUUCUUUCUUCUUUUCAAUUCUAUCGAGGCUGUUGAAUCAAAAAACCCCUUUAAAAGGAAAUGAGUGUGAGAUUUGUUCCUCGAGGCUCCCACUGCUGUGGCAGGAGCUGAGCGUUGGGCUCCAUCUCUGGGCACCGCACACAGCCCAGCGGCUAUGGGGCAGGCAUGGGGCAGGCAGACCCACUGCAACGACCGAACUGUGCUCCUCCGUGUGUUUCAACCUACUGUAAAGAAACGGGCAGCAGCUAGUGCAGGAUUGCUGGGUCCUGCCUGCCACGUGUACCUUGCCCUGCUCUACUGUGCGUGUGUGUACGUGUGAAAGCGGCACUCGUUGCGUUUCAUGUUGGUUUGUGUUUUGGUGUAGCUUUGCACGCCCGAAUUCACCGGGUAACGGUAUGGGGGAGAUGGUGACACUGCUGGGAGAAGGGCUCCCACCUCGCUCGGAGGCAAGGGCUCGCUGUGGCACUGACCUACUUUUAUAGUGCUGGUGAGCAGAUGAGCUGACGGAAGGUUUUGUGGCGUCGUGUCUCGCCUCGUGCUUGCCGGUCCUUUGGUUUGGGUUUCUGGAGACAAAGACUCGUCAUCCCCAGCCCUGGGGAUGGUCACCUGCCGCCUGUCCUGCUGCACACGUGGGGUCCUGGGUGGCUUUUCAGCUCCGCACCGCAGCUGCCAUCCACUGAAACUGUUAUUGCUUCCAUCUCAGCAGUAGCUGCAGGGUCCUUAAUUACCCAUGAGCUCGGGGACGGCCACCGUCUCCUCGGCUGGGCUUUGCCGCGUUACUGGCACGUGCUCGUGGCUUAGCCAGGCACAGCUGGAGGUUUGCUGGGGCUGGAGGAGAUGCACUGUCAGCCAACACCCGCUGGCCUGUGCUCACCUGGCGCUGCAGCAGAGGCCCUGUGAGUUUCCACAGCGGCAGUGGGAAGCAGCUCACACAGGAAGGCUCCCCCUGGUCCUUUCUCCCCAGCAACAGGCAGGAGGGAGCAGGGCAGAGCCGGGACGUGGGGCACUGCUCGCUGUGGCUCAAAGCUUGAAGGGAAGAUCCUGUUGAGAGGGGCCGAGCUGACGGCUGCUGCUGGACGUGCAGGGGUGGUGGUCCCGCUGCAGCGCCGGGUACAGCCCCGAUCAGCAGGUUUCCAUAGGAAGAGCGCUGCUUUGCAGCACAGCAGUCACCUGCUCGGCGUUGCGGGGCAUUGCCUGCCCAGCUGCAUGCCACGGUGGUGGGGAAGCACUGUGCUGGCGUGGAUAGUCUGUGCUGUGCUGUGCUGUGCUGUGAGCCCUGUCCGGGCCGCAGCACGCGAGGGGACGUUACCACUUUGUAGAUCCCUGAGUUGUCCAUCUGUUUCACUGUCGUAUUGUUUGGGCUCUCAGUUGUUUCUUUAAUUUUUUAAUGAAGAUUAAAUGUAAAUAGCCAUAUUUUGGGUUGGUUUUGUUUUUUUGGUUGUUUUUUUUUUCUUUUUCUUUUUUUUUUUUUUUUGAACAAACCGCAACGUGCUCGACCUCGUCAACUAUUUUAUGGUACUAAUGCAACACUAAUAAAACUGGACAUGAAAGCACA